CUUCUUCUUCUUCAACCUCCUCGUCAUACUCGCUGUCCUAACUUCUCUCAAUGACGUCAUCUUCCUCCACGCUCCCCACCUCCUCCAACCCCCAAUCCCAACCCCCCUCCUCCUCCUCCUCGUCCUCCGCCGCCGCCGCCGCCGCCGCCGCCGCCUCCUCCGCCUCCACCGUCGCGUCCCUCCGCGCCUUCCUCUCCCGCCUCUCCUCCUCCACCCGCCGCGCCCUCUCCGGCCGCCGCCCCUGGCCGGAGCUGCUCGACCGCUCCGCCUUCGCUCGCCCCCGGUCCCUCGCCGACGCCGCCUCCCGCAUCCGCCGCAACGCCUCCUACUUCCGCGUCAACUACCUCGCCCUCCUCGCCCUGGUGCUCGCCCUCUCCCUCCUCUCCCACCCCUUCUCCCUCCUCACCCUCCUCUCCCUCCUCGCCGCCUGGCUCCUCCUCUACGCCUUCCGCCCCUCGGACCAGCCCCUCGUCCUCCUCGGCCGCGCCUUCUCCGACCGCGAGACCCUCGCCGUCCUCUCCCUCCUCACCGUCGUCGUCGUCUUCCUCACCAGCGUCGGCUCCCUCCUCAUCUCGGCGUCGAUGGUGGGCCUGGCCAUCGUGGCGGCCCACGGCGCGUUCAGGGAUCCCGAGGAUCUGUUCAUGGACGAGCAGGAGUCCGCCGGUUCCGGCCUCUUCUCCUACGUCGGCGCCGCCGCCGCCUCUGCCGCCUCGGCGGCUCCUUCGCUGGCCUCGCGUGUCUGAAUCCUAUGCAAAAGGCUUGGAACGACUCUUGUGUUGGAAUGCAGUGCGCAUUCAAGCUCCGUUUUCUUUGUAUACAACUACAUGGGAAGGAGGUAGGAGAAGAAAAUGUUUAGAGCGUUAAAGGUAGCUAUGAGAUAACAGAGCGCACUCUUCCUAUGGAAAUCUAUUUGGGAAGUCAAGGUUCCUGUAAAGGUUUCUUUUUUUGGCUUGGGAAGCUGCUUGGGGAUGCAUUCUUACUUUGGAUAAUCUUCAGAAAAGAGGAAACACACUCAGCUAAUAGGUGUUAUCCGUGCAAGAUUGAAGAACAGAGUGUGAAUCACUUAUUUUUACGUUGUAACUGGACUGGAAAGAUUUGGACUACAGUUUCUGCAAUUUUAGGAGUAUAUUGGGUGACAUCAGGCACAAACUUUGGGCUUGGAGAGAGAGUAUUAGUUUGGGUGUUGGAAAGAAAUGGAUGACUAAGAUGAUUGUUCUACUUCUUUUUUGGCUAAUUUGGAGAGAGGGGAACAAGAGGGUAUGUCAAGAACUUGAAAACUCUUGGGAUUCUUUUAGGGAUAAUUGGUUGUACAUCUUCACUUUUAUAAUAGUGGGGAAGUUCGAUUUCAUACAUUUAGUUUGGUGGAAAUGUUAGAAACGGUCUUUUGUGCACAAUUUUGUAUAUGGAUGGUUUUAGCUGAAGCUGUUUUGUACAGGGUGGGUACGCCUUUGGUACCUUCAGUGUGCAAUUUUAUUUAUCAUUAUUGAAAAACAAAAGUUAGCAGUGAGAUAAACAUGCCAGGCAAGGGUUGAUAGUGAGAAAGUGAGAUAAAGAUCGUCCUCGUGACUUUUUGAUGUAAUGAUUACUGAUAGCUACGAAAUUUGUGGCUCCCUUUAAUUCUUGUAACUAUUCAUAUCAGUUCUUGAUUUGCCAUGAGCCUAUAAACCUGGGGUGUGACUGAAUGGGGUCAUGAAUCGGAAGUUACCUCUCAUUUAGCCACUAUUGGUAGGACAUACGUGGUUGAUCUGAAUAUCCUUAAAGUAUUGGUUGUGAGAUGGAACAAUAGCAUUAGAAAAAUCCAAGUGAUAAUCAAUACCGCUUUUAAUGCAGAAGUCCCGAGAGGUUGCUGUUUUAGCUUGAAUUGGCAAAGCAAUUACCUCAUGAGUGUGAUUCAUUUGCAAUUUCUGAAUGCUCUCAUUUGUUUCAAAAUUUAAUCAUCUAUUCAAGGUCAGGCUCAAUAAUUUGAACGGCCAAGUCAACAAGUUCCAGUAAAACAAAGAUGAGCUACUUAGGGAGGGAAAUCAUGCCAUUUUUAUUGAUGUGUCUUGUCUUGUUAAAUGUUAGAUAAAACAUACUAUUUCAUGAGAAAAAACCACUUGACCUGGAGCAGCCUUUCAUUCAGACAUGAAAUCAGUGUUUUUCUACGCUGUCAAGUUGAAAUACAUUCACAAGAACUUACAUAACACAUGAUAGAUGAGAAUUAGUCAAGUUCCCUUUGGUUUAUUUAGGGUGGAGACUUGGAUAGAAGUGUUCCUUGUGUCCUCACUUGGAUGAUUGAAGAACUGUUGACUUGUUAAGAGUCUAAUAACCCAGAUUUUUACACAUAAUUCUCCUUGCCUCUUUCAAAUGCUGCUGAAUUAUGCUGAAAAGUUUGAGUAAUAGUCAGAAGAUCUUGUCACUAUUGUUCAGAGAAUUAGGGUUUGCCACUUCUAUUUAUACUGUCUUCACUAUGAAUAAAGGGCGGCAAACCUUUGAUCUUGUACAUUUUGAUACCCUUACUAUAGACAGGAGGAUUGUGAGGAGGUGCUUGAAGGCAUUGAAAGAGCAAUUAGAUCCAAAUGUGAGCAUGUUACUGGUGGCGUGAGGAAUAUUUUUGUUUUUUCAGAAUGUAGCCAAAAUCGAUUUUACCAAAACUGAUUCAUAAGGUAGUAUAGCAAAGUCUAAAUGGCAGUUUACAUAGGUCCUCUGAUCCAGUGACCCUUGUUCCCAACUGCUUCCUGCAUUUUCCUUUUUUCAGGUCCUUAGCCUUCUCUAAUUGUGUUUACCUUUUAAUGUUAGAAAAGCAUGGCGAACUAUAUAUGAUUUAUUGUGACAGGAAAAAUGGCUCCCUCUAUGGCAGCUGUUGGCAGUUUGCCUUAGGGAGGAGAUUUGGUGAUUCUGGCUAGAACAAUGCCAGGAUUACUGAGACUAGUAUAUUUUGGCAGAUUGUUAAUAGGUGUUGAUUGUUGGAUAUGGACGUGCUUGUUGAUAUGUCCCCCUGUAGUCACUCGAUUUACUUAAAAUUUUAUUUUUAUAA